AUGGACCUUAACAUUAAUUCCUCUGAUUCAAUGAUUUCUUUGGGACCUUAUUCAGUUUCAAACAUACAAUUUAAAGAAAAGGCAAAACAAUUAAUUCUCAAAUUACCAGAAAAACUAGAAGAAAAAACCGAAAAUUAUAAAGAACUCAAAAUAAAGGAAGAUAUUUUUAAGAUUAAGGUACUAAAAAAACUAAGUGACAUUAAGAAAAAUGUAACUAUUGAUGAUAUAAUACAUUUAACUAACGUAAAAUCAAAAAGUGAAAAAAUUGCCUUUAAAAAAAUGUUGAAUGCUAAAGAAAAAAUAUUACCUCUUGAUAUAAUUGAAUUAGUGAAUCAUCAAUAUUUAUACAACAAUUUGAAUACACAUUAUAUAAGGUAUGAUUUAGAUAUAGAAAAAAUGGAAUAUAUAAAACUAUCGAUUUUGUAUACUGAUAAACAGUGGUCAAUUAUUAACAAUAGUAUUAGACAAGAUAAUAAUGACUAUAUCUCCAAGAUCCGUCAAUUUAGACAAGUAAAAAAAUCGUAUUCACAAUUUAUUGACUACAUAGAAAAUCGACUAAAAAAUAUUAAAGAUGAAGUGAAUUUCGAAAUAGAUAAUACAAAAGUUCCAAAAAACGAAUUGGAAGAGUGUACGCAUGUAUAUGAAGGUGUAGAGAAUGAAGUACUAAGACUAUUGAAACGAAUAAUGAUACCAGAAGGUUGUUAUAUGAUUUUAACAUGGUUAAGUCCACCAGAAUGGAAAAAAAAGUUUAAAAUCGAUAAAUUAAAUUAUGAUUUUGUUAGAUCUGAUUGCGAUUUUAGCAAAACAAAUAACGAUGACUAUAUGAGUUACGCUUAUCAAAGACCAUUAGAAGAAUUUGCUAAAGAAGUUCGAUUAGAACCAGUACUAGAAAUGUACUGGGAGUCUGAAGAACAGUUUACAAAAAGAUUGGUAAUGCUGGAUAAAAAAACUAGAGAUAAUAUGUCAAUUUUGGACAUGAUUAAUAAUUCUCAUAAAGUGUCGAACAAUAAGCAGCAGUAUAACGAUGGUAGACGUAACUACAAAAACAAAUUGAAACAGAAUAUAGUGACAAAUAUUGAUGGUAUCAACCAAAUUUUAACUGCAAAUAAUCAAACUAGCUUGAAGAACAUCAAAUCCAUCUUCUUUAAUGACACUUUAUUUAAUAUAAAACUGAUGUCAUUGGAUAUUUACGCAGAACUAAACAAACCAUAUGGAGAUCUUACUCGACCAUCUAAAGUUAUUAUAUCAUUAUUUAAACAAUUGUAUAAAACACUCAACGAUUCAGAUGAAUUCUCCAAACCUCUAUGGAAAAAAACCGAACGAAUAUUACAUUUGAUUGAGGAAAGUAAAGCAAAGAAGUACAAAAAUAUCAAAUUUAAGUGUGAAGCAGUAAAAUUAAUUGAACGUGAAGCUAAUAAAAUGUAUGACUCAGCUUUGCCAACCUUAAGAGUGCAAAAGGUAUUACCCAACAGAUUGAAGCAACCUAAACAAAAACCACCGAAGAAACCGAAGGAGCCAACACUAAAUAAUGAGCAGCACAUGUAUUUAAAAUGUUUUACGAAUUUAUCUCCUACAGACAUCAUUAGUAAUUAUAUAACUGCAGUGCCCGAAUUUAAGGUAGAAUGA